UGAAUAUGGUCGACGCGAUUGACGAUCCCAUUGACUAUCUUGGUGAAAUCGCCUUCGAACGGUUUUAUGUUAUAGAAGCUGUGCGUGAAAGUCUGUGUAGAUUUCAAUUCUUGAAAAGAAUAGUGCAACAUGAUACACACACGAGUACCCGGCAUGGAACGUACAGAAAAGGAACCUAUGGAAGAUGAUCUCACGGAAUUCAAUCUUUUACAGAAAAGCAGUGUUUUUACAAAGAAAAGAUCUAGGAGGCAGAGGCUGCCAGCUGCAAGGGAAAGGAGUUCAUUAAGAAGUCUUAUUAAUUUCAUGAAGUCAGUUGUUGGAAAGGAUUUGACAAAAGUUACAAUGCCAGUUCAUUUCAAUGAGCCACUAUCAUUUCUACAGAGACUGGCAGAAGAUUUAGAGUAUGCUGAUGUUCUAAACAGAGCCUCAUUUUGCAAAAAUUCGUUGGUACAACUGGCUCAUGUGGCAGCCUUUGCCAGUUCAACAUAUUCUACAGUAUUGGGAAGGUUCUGGAAACCUUUCAACCCACUUCUAGGAGAAACAUUUGAAUUUGUUAACCCCACUGCUGGAUAUGCCCUAAUUGCAGAGCAGGUAUCACAUCAUCCUCCUAUCUCAGCCCUUCAUGCAGAAUCUGAUCACUGGAUUUUCUGGCAGGAAUAUAAACUUGAUACUAAAUUUAGGGGACAGUUUUUGAAGGUUAUUCCAACUGGAUUGUGUCACGUGAAGUUUAAAACAGAUGGUCAUCAUUUUACAUGGCAGAAGCCAAUCACAACAAUUCACAACAUCCUUGUUGGCAGUAUUUAUGUAGAUCAGGAAGGAGAUGUUGUGGUGACAAAUCACUCAACGCGAGAGCAGUGUAGACUACAUUUUCAACCUGUAAGGGAAGUCCAAGAGAGCUUCAAACAGCUUUCAGGGGAGGUGCUAAAUUCGAAGGGUCAUGUCAAAUAUAACAUUGUGGGAGCAUGGGACCGUAGCCUUGAAUUGCAUUCUGUAGAUGACACAGACAUGGAUCCCAUUGACCUAUGGACAGCAAAUACCAAACCUGAAGAUUCCUGGAGAUAUUAUGGCUUCACACAGUUUUCAAUUCAAUUAAACGAUCCAGAAUAUGACGUUUCAUGCCACACCGACUGUCGAGUCAGAACAGAUAUUCGGCUCCUGGAAUGUGGAAAGAUUGAUGCUUCCGCCAGCGAAAAGCAUCGCCUAGAGGAAAAGCAGAGAGGGGCUAGAAAGCAAAGGGACCUUGCUGGUCAGGCCUGGAUACCAAGAUGGUUUGUGUCUCUGGAAGAUGCGGAUUCUGGAACAUUCUGUUAUGUGUACAAAGGAGGUUACUGGAAAGCAAGGUUAAAGGGCCAAUUUGUGGACUCACCCUAUAUAUAUUGAAUAGGCUUUUUCGAUGAAAGCUACGAACGGCUUGUAUAUGGUAUUACGCUUUUUAGAUAUAUCUUGGAAAAUGUUCCAAUUUUUCUCUAGCUGUGGUUACAAUGCAUGGUUAAUACAAACCGAGCAUAACAGGAAUGAAUCUUAUCGUAUCGAAAUUUAUUUAUAACAUUAGAUGUAGAUUGAUAAUCAUGGUUUUUUAUUAAUUAUGUCGAUUCUCUAUCUUGCACAUGCCAAGAAAAAACAAGAAUCUUUUCGGCUUUGUUUUCGCUCGUAGAGGAAAACGUGAAGUUUGGACGUAUCCUCAGCCAAGAACUUGUUAGGUGCACUAGUAACUUAGAACAAAGAAAACAAGCAAGUCAAAAUGAUGAAGCCAAGAAAUAUGAUAGUGACUAAGCAAAGAAAACCAUUACAGGUUCUCAUAUCGAGGUAAACUACCAAAAAUAAAGAUAAUUAUACAAACUAAAAGAUAUCGUACAAGUACAUAUAGGUACAUAUAUUUACGUCUAAGUGUUUGAGAAAAAAUCACGACCCAUCACCAAAAGGUUGAAUUAAAAUUGUAACGCGGUUAAAAGGAAGACAGAGAUUGCUCGAUGACAUGAAAGGCUCUUCUCCUUUCUUAGGUGGACCAGUCACGUGAAUGACCUCUUUGUGUCUCGGAACCCCUUUAUCAUAUCU